AUGCCGCUAGACAACGUGUCAAACAUUGUCCUCAUCCUCUCUGGCAAAGGCGGCGUCGGGAAGUCGAGCGUGACGCUCCAGCUCGCGCUCUCGCUAACGCAGCAGGGAAAGAAUGUAGGGAUACUAGACAUAGACCUUACAGGCCCAUCGAUACCGCGGCUAUUGGGACUUGAGGCGGAGAAAGUGACACAGGCGCCCGGCGGGUGGUUGCCUGUGAAGGUGCAUGAUCGGGUUGAGGGGGCAAGCAAUGGCACUGCGCCCGCUUCAGGACAGAACGGCGCGAAUGGGACGAAUGGUGGCAGCAGUAAUGGAGAUGCACACACGACAGCGGGCACCUCAGAAACAGCUUCGCAACACCCCACUACAACACCUCCCUCACAGCCACAAAUCCGCGGCUCCCUCCACGCCCUCUCCCUCGCCUUCCUCCUCCCCUCCCGCUCCUCCGCCGUCAUCUGGCGCGGCCCCAAGAAAACAGCCAUGAUCCGCCAAUUCGUCUCCGACGUCCUCUGGCCGCCCAACACGGACUACCUCCUCAUCGACACCCCGCCGGGGACGUCGGACGAACAUAUCGCUAUCGUGGAGGAAUUGCAUAAACUCUCCGCUGUCGGCCAGCCUCAGAACGGCGCUGUGAUCACACAAGGUCCGAGAUUAGCAGGUGCAGUAGUAGUAACAACACCACAAGCGAUUUCCACGGCAGACGUGCGCAAGGAGAUCAAUUUCUGCACGAAGACGCAAGUGCCCGUUAUUGGGGUGGUGGAGAACAUGAGCGGGUAUAUGUGUCCGUGUUGUGACGAAGUGACGCAUAUCUUCUCGAAGGGUGGUGGCGAGGUGAUGAGUCGGGAGAUGGGAGUCAGGUUCUUGGGCGGAGUCCCUGUUGAUACUGGAUUUGGGGAGAUGGUAGAGGCAGAAAGGCCGAGGACGAGGGUUUGUUGUUGGUGGAAAGGUAUGCGAAGACGGGGCUAG